AUGUACAUUCCCAAAGGACGGUAUGGCUUGUUGACAUUCUACCCACGGAAGGCUCUACCGGUACCUUUGCAACCACUCUCGAUCCAUCCAUCCGAUGGGAGCUAUGGAGUCAAGGGAUUAGGAAUGGGCUUUGGAAAGAACCGCUACGGCUUGAGGAGUCUAGAUUCUAGCCCUACGUGGUACAAGGCAAUGACCACGAGAGAAGUCUGCGGUCGAUUUCAGGCAAUAGGCAGGACCGACAGGGGAUCAGAGCUCGGACUGUGCAAGCAAGCAGGGAGGAAAAGGGAAUCGGAAUUGGUAAACAACAAGGCAUCUCCAGUGCAAGCCCAGAAUAUGAUGGAGAAGGGCACUAGCCCCCCGGAUAAUCCUCCGCCUGACAAAACAGACGAAAAUCUCCCCAUAUCAGGCCCACGCUCAGGUCCAUCACCACAUCUCUUCGUCAUCGUCGCCGUGGCGGUGACCCAGCUGGUCUGCACCUGGGUCCUGGUCAAGUACCUUACACUCGUCGUCCGGAUCCGUGUCACCACUGUUCUGACCUUCGUGAGGGUGGUUGCACAUGUGCCUUCUCCUCCGGCCGGGGUUAGCAAAGGACCGAGGCACGCAGCUGAUUUGGUUGCGGUUACGGUUGCAGUGCACGCUCCUUCUCCUCCGGCUGGGGUGAACAAGGGAGUGAGGCACGCAGCUGUCGCUGUUAUGGUUGCUGUGACCGCUGGUGAGAGCGGGCAGAGGCAGUCAGAGGGAAUGCGGAGCGAUGGCGCCGAUGCUGAUAGUGGGGUGGUAAGGAGCUCUGCUGGAAUCGUUGUCAUGGACGGUGUGAAUGCUGCGAGUGUUGGCUCUAUCAAGGCCGAUUCAUUAUCAUCCGGGACAGAACGUGCAGAAGAGACGAUCUCAGCGGCCGGGGUCGAAACUCCUAAUGGUACUGGCUCGGAAAGCGAUGGCACGGAAGGAAAACAGACCAGGAGGAACCGGCCUGUCAGAAUGCGGCGGUGGUGGGAGCUCGGCGACACUGGCAGCAGGAGGAAGAAGAACCGGCCCAGUAAAUGA